AUGCCCACAAAGGGACAGAGCUGCCUAAGAGGGGCACUAUCGAGCCGAUCGAGCCGCAAGCGGCGCAGGUGCCACCAUGGGGUGGGUCGGCUGCGGACUGCGGGACCGCACACAUCCACCUCGGAGAGCAUCGCCGGCCACCCGACGAUCGUCCACCUUGUCACCGGCGCCGCGCGGACGCCACGAGCCGCCACGCCAAGAUGGCGUAGGGUUCCGCCCAACCCGGCCGGCAGCAAGGCACAUGCGCUCGGAGCCGAGAAAGACGGACAAGGAGGAGGUGCUCCGGCCGCACCAGUGCGCUGGAGGGCAGGACGGCCGGGGCCCGCCAAGCCCGGAUCGGGCCCAAAGGGCCCGGAUCCGAGCCAGCAAGCCCGCGCCGCCAUGAUGCCAACUCCGGCCGCCCGGCAUAACUUGCCGCCGGCCGCCGUCGCCGUUUCCCCAGCGCCGUCGCUGCCAUCCCCAGCCGUCGCCGCCGUCGCUGGCCACCCCUACGGCGCCGCCCGCCGCCGGACUUGGUGGCCGCCCGAGGGCAGCCGCCGCCUCCAAGCACGGGGUCGCCGCCACGCCACGAAGCUUCCACGCCGCCGCCGAGGCAGCCGCGCCGCCGCGCCCCUCGUCGAGCGCGCCGCCCUCACCGGCCGCGUCGGCCCGCGCCAAGGCUUCCGCGCGAGGGGAAAGGAAUCCCCGCCGCCGCCGGCGCCGGGCUUUGCCCAGCGACGCCCUCCGGCGGCGGCGAGGGGAGGGAGGAGCAGGGGGGGCCUGGGCCGGUGGCGGCUAGGGUUCCCUCCCGUCGCCCACGGGAGCGACGAGGGGGGAACGAGGCCUUGCUGUUCCUAUACCCGCUUAUGA